CCGCACCGUCGUCGGCCCAUCCACCACCACGACCACGAACACACACCACAUUGACUAUUAUCCCCCCCACCUUCCUCCAUCAUCAUCAUCAUCAACACCCAUCACAGCAAAGACAUCAAGGCCCACACCCUCUACUCCUCCACUGCACCCAUCUGGCAUAGGUCGAAAUGGUGCUCAAGGACCUGCUCAAGGCUCGAUUCACCACCGCAAUCCAAUCGAUCCCUGCCGGUACUUGGAAGAUCCUCAUCACCGACAAGGCAUCGCAGACCCUCCUCGACUCGGUCUACACCCAGUACGAUAUCCUCCAACAGAAUGUGACCUGUGCGUAUGAGUCUGCGGCUUCGCAGAGCGGUGCCCAGUCUGUGCCAAAGUUAGACGCUGAUGUAUCCGCAGCCGUCGAACCCCUCCACUCGCCCCGACAGCCGAUGCAGGUUGAGGCGCUGUACAUCCUCACACCAACGGCGCAGAAUGUUGAUCGUGUGAUUGCCGACUUUGUUGGCCGCAAGACGUACAACUCGGCGCAUGUGUACUUUACCGAUGGUAUCGAUGACAGCUUAGCACAGCGCCUGACUGAUGGACUUGGCCCAUCUGGUGUUCUGCGGGCGUUCGUGGAGCUCUACUGCAACUUCUAUGCUGCGGAGCAACGCGUCUUCUCGACACAAACGCCCUCGUCAUUCUACUCAUACUUUGGCAACCUCGGCGGCGUUGCCGCGGCAGACUUGUCCCUCGAAGCCUUCUACGAUGACCUCAAGGUCACCGGCCGAGCGAUUCUCAACGUCCUCACAACCAUCAACGAGAAUCCCUACAUUCGAUACUACCAGCCCACGCACCACGCCCCUCUUGGUCCCCUGGUCAACCAGCCCAAUGCGUCAUCGUCUCUUUCAACGCCUUCCAGCGCGCAAACGGGGCAGAGUAAUCGCUGGCGAGCGGCAAUGGGCGGCGCAAACAGAACACCCGAGGUCAUUGGCGACUAUCUUCCCAAGAAGAUCGCGGUUCAGGUGCAGAACGACCUUGACGAGUACAUGGCGAACAACCCAGAGUUCCCGACAAAAUCGGAUCGCCCUCGAGGGAUGCUGUUCAUCGUCGACCGCUCCAUCGAUCCCGUCGCUCCAUUCCUGCAUGAGUUCUGGUACCAGGCGAUGGCCAACGACCUGUUGAAGAUUGAGGACGGCAUUCAGUAUAGAUAUACGUACGAGAACACGGUCGGCGGCAAGGAGGACAAGGAGGCGAUCUUGUCCGACGACGACGAAGUGUGGGUCUCCGUUCGUCACCUGCACAUGAAGGAUGCCAUCGACCGCCUCAUGACCGACUUUGGACGGUUCGCCCAGGAGCACGCCGGGUUCAGCGGUAACGCCAACAACGUCAGCAUCGACAUGCUCAAGGACAUGCUGGCCAACUUGCCCCAGUUCCAGACACAGCGCGAGCAGUUUUCACUCCACCUCGAAAUGGCUCAGGAGUGCAUGAACCUGUUCCAGAAGCACAAGCUCAACCUCGCUGCCAACGUGGAGCAGUGCUGUGCGACCGGCUUCACUCCUGAUGGCAAGGCCCCCAAAUCCAUUGUCGAGGAGAUGGUUCCAUUGCUGGACGACCGAAACAUGAGCAACCUCGACAAGGUCCGUGUCAUCGCUCUCUACAUCAUGUUCCGCGAUGGUGUCGCCGACGAGGACCGUCGUCGCCUAUACCAGCACGCCCGACUGUCGCUCUCUGAGCAGGACAUGGUCAACAACCUCAUCUACCUCGGCGUCACCGUUGUCAAGGACAGCAAGACACGCGUGCGCGGGUCGAGGAUAAAGCAGAAAUACGUCAACGCGGAUGACCAGUUUGAUCUCUCACGCUACAAGCCAGUGGUGCAGAUCAUGGUCGAGGAGCACGUUGGGAAUCGCUUGGAUCAACACCAGUUCCCCUUCAUGCGCGACUCGCCAGCAGAGACUUCGCAGUCCUUGCGGGGCGGCAACAGCCUUGCUCCCGCCAACCUGAACGGCGGAACAUCGCUCCGAAGCGCCAGACCGACAUGGCACAAGGCACCCUCGGCGCGUGCUGCCAACAGCGACAGCAAGCAGCGCUUGGUCAUCUUUGUCGCUGGAGGUGUCACAUAUUCUGAACUUCGCCAGGCCUACGUCCUCAGCCAGGCUCUUGGCAAGGACAUUUACAUUGGCUCGACACAUAUUGUCACACCAGAGAUCUUCAUGAAGGACCUUCGGUCUCUUGGCCGUGGUGGCAUUGCUGGCAACCCUCCAAACCCCAUCCCCGUCCACCCGCAGGCGCCGGUCCGCAUCAACAGGCAGCCCGGUCAGCCUGUUCCCUACCAGCGGAUUCUGGACUACCGCCACUGGGUGCCCCCUGUUGGCCCGCCUCCACUCGCGCCCCCAACACCGGCCUCUGCCAUCAGUGCCAAGAGCGGCAAGAGCGGGAGCACUAUGCGUCCUAGCGACUCGAACAACGACCUCCGCGGUGGCUUCUCGUCGCUGUCAAUUUCGAGCAAGGACUCGAAGGCGAGCAGGAAGGAUGGCGAGAAGAAGAAGAAGGAGAGCCUCUUCAAGAUGAAGUGGGGCAAGGAUUAAUAGAGUAUUCGUACUCGUCAUAGCAUAGUCUUGGUUGUGU